AUGGUUUUCACCUUCGACGAAGAGCUGUUCGCUACAGACUUCCAGACGUCCGCAGUCAUUGACCAAGAUCCACUUUCACAUCCACUGUCCUCCCCCGUGGCCUACCUCCCCAUUCCAGAACCCUCUGAGGGUCGCCUCCGUCGUAGAUCCUCAGUUUACAGGCGUCUUUCUGUGCGUUCAGCGUCACUUUCCACCUCUCAUGGCCUCACCAUUCCAGCCAACUUGAUCCCUGAAGAUGAACCACUACAUAAGCGGACAUUGGCUAAUUUUGAGCCGCUCAAGGUGUUGGGGCAAGGAGCCUACGGCAAGGUUCAUUUGGUCCGAGACAAAGUCAACGGGCGGCUCUAUGCACAGAAGCAGAUCCGAAAACCUCAGAUUGAAGUGUUCGACUCUCAAAGACAGAAUGAGACCAGCCAAGACUUGAAAGAGAAGGAAAACCCGCCAAAACCUGACACCAUAGACACUGCUAGUACUGAUGGUCCAACUCCACAUGCUUCACACGUCGAAAGAACCAUCGCUGAACGUCACAUUCUUACCAGAAUCACCCACCAUGCCAACAUCGUCAAGCUCUUCUACGCAUUACAAGACCACGACCGUUUCUACUUGUUGCUUGAGUAUAUCCCUGGUGGAGAACUCUUUCAUCACCUCACGUCCAACAACUCGUUGGGCAACGUAUUCCUUGAGGAACAUGUGGCCUUCUACGGUGCUCAGAUGGCCCUUGGACUCGCUCACCUCCAUCGUUUGGGUAUAGUAUAUCGUGAUUUGAAGCCUGAAAACUGUCUCUUGAACGCACAGGGACACUUGGUGUUGACGGACUUUGGGCUCUCCAAGGCCAUUGGCAACGACGAAAGCGACAACGAGUGUCGGUCGAUCAUUGGAACGCCCGAGUAUAUGGCACCAGAGAUCAUCAAGGGUGAGCCUUAUGAUUAUGCCGUGGACUGGUGGCUGUUGGGCUGUGUUCUAUACGACAUGAUGACAGGAAAACCUCCGUUCACCGGGAAAUCUCAUAAAGUAAUUCUGGAUAAGAUCAUCAAGUCCAAACCGGUACUUCCCUACUAUUUAUCGUUGGAUGCCAAGGACCUUUUGGGGAAAUUGCUCCAGAAGAAUCCUGCUAAACGGUUUGCCGUGGAUGAUAGGUGGAAGACGUUCCAAGACCACCGGUUUUUCCGCAAGGUUAACUGGGUGGGAGUUGAGGAGCAAAUCGUUACUCCGCCAAUUGUUCCGGUGAUCUCCGACCCAGCAUUAGCGGAGAAUUUUGCUGAUGAGUUUACUGGGAUGAGAAUCAGUGAUUAUGACUUGGGGGAGAGCCAGCAGGUGGCCCGGGCUGCAAUGUUUGAGGGCUUUAGUUAUACCGCCAGCCAUAGCUUCAUAGAUCGGUUUGGCCAGGGGAAUUAUUAA